GUUCGCUCCUCCGAUAAGCCCGUGAUCAACCAGAUCCCUGAUGAUGACGAUGACGAUGGAGUGGAAGAGGGCGAUUCGCCGACCUACGUGUCACCGGGAGAAGAGGGUAUUCAUGAAGUGGCAAACAGUAUGCCGCCCCACAUGAAGGCCAAGGCCAAGGGCUGCGAGCUUUUUGAUGCGCACCGGGAGUUUCUCACGGAAAAGCGGGGUGGCAAGCGAGAGAGAGGGUCCAAGACGCAGGAGUCCGCUGCCCGGCAGGAUCCGGAAUGGCGACAGUCGCUCCAAGCCAGCAUGAGUAUCCCAAAGAAAGCUUUCGAUCGGCUCAUCAAUGACGUUUUCCAGGACCUGCAAAAGACCGUGGACGAUGAGAUGGAAAACGCAUCCAAAAUGGCAUGCGCUUCAGGUGAUGGUGCCAUCCCCCCUCAUGGUGACAUGAAGAUUUCCAAAGAUGCUCGUGUUUGGGCCCAAGCCGCAAGUGAGGAGUUCGUGGCAUCCGUGUUUUCGGAUUGCACCGUUUUGCGAAAGCAUGCGAAACGAUCAGAGACAGUGUACAAGGCGGAUGUUCAGCUUCUCAUGGGAAUCCGAUCUGGCCGGUUGUUCGAGCAAGUGGCGGAAGAUACGGAGCAAGAAUGCCGGCGUGAUCGUGCAGAGCAGCAGAAGAUCAAAGAAAGCAAGCGUAGCAAAAAACGCGCUGGACCGGAUCCCGAG